AUGAUGUCCCCUUCGGUAUGGAGGGGCUUGCGCCAUGCCGCCCGUCGAGGAGGCAGCAUCUCCACCCCCUACCGCUGCUUUUCCUGCACUCGCGCUGCCCGGGUGGAGAACAACAAGACGAACGACGGGGGGAUGACCCAUUUUGGGUUUACCAAUGUUCGGGAAUCGGAGAAGGAGUCGAUGGUCGGCGCCGUGUUCAGCUCCGUCGCCUCAUCAUACGACAACAUGAACGACUUCAUGUCCCUCGGGAUCCACCGACUCUGGAAAGACCACUUCGUGCGCUCGUUGAACCCCGGAUCCGCGCUCCCCUCUCGCGACGGCACCGACCCCGCCAACCGCGGCUGGAACAUCCUCGACAUCGCCGGCGGGACUGGCGACAUCGCCUUUCGCAUGCUGGACCACGCGACCAACAUCAACCACGACCGCGACACCCGCGUCACCAUCUCCGACAUCAACCCGGACAUGCUCGCCGAGGGCAAGAAGCGCAGCAUUCAGACCCCCUACUACAACACCUCCCGCUUGUCCUUCCUCGAGGCCAACGCCCAGGAGAUGCCCUCCGUCCCGGACAACUCGGUCGAUCUCUACACGGUGGUGUUUGGCAUCCGCAACUUUACGGAUAAGCAGGCUGCGCUGAAUGAGGCGUUCCGUGUGCUGAAGCCCGGUGGUGUCUUUGCUUGCAUGGAGUUCAGCAAGGUCGAUAAUGCUAUUCUCAAUGCCCUGUACAAGCAGUGGAGCUUUAGCGCUAUCCCGUUGAUCGGGCAGCUGGUUGCUGGUGAUCGCGGCAGCUACCAGUAUCUCGUGGAGAGUAUCGAGCAGUUCCCCAGCCAGGAGGAGUUCCGGGCCAUGAUCCACAAGGCUGGGUUUAUGAUUCCGGGACGGGGGUUCGAGAAUCUGACGGGGGGGAUCGCUGCUAUUCAUAAGGGUGUUAAGCCGUUGUCAUGA